AUGUCUUCCGCGCCUCUUAACCUCUCCCACCUCCCGCCGACAUUCCUCCUCCCGACCCGACUGGCCCAGCCGAAAGCUAAUGAGAUCUCGAGCCAGCUCCGAUCCUGCAAAUGCCCAUUGACUAGCAACCCCACUGAUGCUAGCCUGUUUGUCGGGGACAUCAACAUGCCUAAGCGCUGUGAAUUCGAGCUUCGUGGACGCGGACUAAGCGUUUCUUCAAAGGCGUCUCCUCACGCCAAAAAGGUUAGGGUUGUGAAACUCAAGUGGUUCACGGAGUCGUAUGAGGGCUCGAAACUUCUUCCCAUCGAUGAGUAUAUUGUAUGGACUGGCUAUGUGCAACCGUCGAAGCGGCCGUCAACGGUAUCCUCUCCCGAGCAGAAUGAGGGGCAGAAGAGCGCUUUGGAGAAGGAUGCGGCGGACCGCCAGCUUAGGAAGGAGAUAUUGGAGAGAGCUCGACGUGAUCAGGUUCGGUAUAGCGAGGAGAAAGCGCAUGAUACACGUGAUGACAUUCGGAAGCUUCAGGAAAUGGAGCUCUUGUAUGCGACUGGGAGACAGAGAAAGGGGAUUAAUGAGUUGAUGGCGAUAUCAAAACCAGGCUCCAAGAAUGGGGUAAGGCAGAGCACACCAGAGUACGAAGAGAGGAGGGAAAAGGUUGUCUCGAGGGGUAGACCAAGAUUACUAAAGGAGAUGCCUGACUGGAUACAACAACGCAACAAAUACUCCUGCUGCCGCCCUACCCCCCUCACGUCCCCUAACGCUGAUUUUAUAUCUCUCCUGGAUACUAUAAAGCUCUCACGGGUCUUAACCUCCGACGGCGUCGGCAUUCGCGCCUACUCGACGGCAAUCGCUACCCUCCAAGCCUACCCAUACCCAUUGAUCUCUCCCUCAGAGGUCUCUCUCCUCCCCGGCUGUGACGGGAAAUCCUCCGCCCUUUUCGAGGAGUACAUAACCUCCCCGGACCAUGGCUUAGCCGUCGUCCGGGAACUGGAAAAGUCACCCUCCUUCAACAUCCUCAAACUAUUCUCCUCAAUCUGGGGCGUUGGUCCGGUCGGUGCUCGGGAGUUCUUCUACGACAAGGGGUGGAAGACGCUAGAGGACAUUGUAGACCACGGGUGGGGCCAGCUUACCCGCGCGCAACAAAUCGGCGUCAAGUAUUUCGACGAAUUUCAAAGUCCAAUAUCAAGGAACGAGGCGAGGGAUAUUGCUGCGGUCGUUGGAAAGGCCGCUGCCAAGCUCCGGGCGGGAAUGGAUUAUACCAUCGUUGGCGGGUACCGCCGCGGCAAGAUGGAAAUCCACGAUGUGGACAUUCUUUUGUCACACACAACGCACAGUAUGACCACCGGCGGCGUCGUGAAAGAGCUCGUUUCGGAACUCGAAGCGAGCGGGCAUAUAACGCAUACCCUACACCUCGGCCGGGAACUCAACAACACAACAACCAUAAACGCCCACCGCUACGGCUUCGACUCCCUAGAGAAAGCCCUCGUGGUAUUCCUCGCGCCAAACUCAGGCCUGCACCGCCGCGUGGACAUAAUUCUCGCCCCACCGGUAAGCGUUGGCUCCGCACUCCUAGGCUGGACUGGCGGGACGACAUUCGAGCGGGAUUUGAGGCUUUGGUGCGAUAAAGAGCAUGGAUGGAAGUUCACUAGUGAAGGUGUGUUCGAGAGGAUUACUGGGAGGAGGGUCGCAGGGGUUGAUGGCACGUGGAGGGUUGGUGAGAAGAUGGUUGAGGCGGAGAGGAGGGUUAUGGAGGGGGUUGGGUUGAGGUGGUUGGAGCCUUGUGAGAGAUGCACUGGGUGA